UCAAGUAAAGUGCCGAGAUCAUUCGAAUUUCAUUGAUCACAGGCGAUAGCAACCCGUCUGCAGAUAAAAGGAAUAGCUCCAACGUAGUGCUUUGAAUAUGUUUCUUCGAGCUUUUGGUAAUUUUCGACGAUCACCAAUCAGUUUGUUGGGCUGUAACGUGAACCUUACCUCGAGGACAAUCUGCAACACUAGAAUACCAGCAAAUGCAGAACAUGCAACGACACCGAAAAGGUAUUUCAGCUGUACCGGAGCCCCUUUGAGGGCAAACGAAACAUUCGACGACUUUCGUGCUCGCGAAGAACGCAAAGAGCAGGAGUAUGCACAACAGCAGCAACAACAGGCCAGCGCAACAUCCAGCACCGGUUCCACCACCACACAUUCGGACUCUUUUUCGUCCACCGGUGGCGACCAGCAGGAACCUAUCGAUCCGGACGUGGAACGAACGAAGGCAAUGAUUUUGGAUGCCGCCCUGGCAUACGUACAAUCACACGGAUGGUCCAAACAAGCGAUCGCUGCCGGUGCCGAAGCGGUAAACUAUCCUAGCGUAGCGCACGGGCUGUUCCCACGCGGCGGUAUCGAGCUAGUACAUCACUUUUACCAGCAGUGCAACCUGAAGCUAGUCGAACACCUUAAACAGCAGACGGCAGACGUAGACAAAGUGCCAAAUCCGUCCGAGUUUGCUCGCAAAGCGAUCGAGUUUCGUCUACGGCUACUCGAACCAUACCUGAAGUAUUGGCCGCAAGCGCUCGGCCUGAUGACGCUACCACCGAACGCACCACACUCGUUGGCUAACAUGCUGACCAUGGUCGACGAUAUCUGUUACUAUGCUGGCGAUCGAUCGGUUGAUUUCAACUGGUACACACGCCGGAUCGGUCUAGCUUGCAUCUUCAAAACCACAGAACUAUACAUGCUCCAGGAUAACUCGACAGGAUUCGAAAAGACCUGGCAAUUCCUUGAACGGCGCAUGGAAGAGGCUAGCUUAGUGCACGAGUUCCUAGUCAAGUCGGAGGGUGCAACACAUCAGUUACAAAAUGCGGUCGGCUCAGCCUUUACCACGGCUCGCAACAUCUUAGGAUUGAAUUUUGACCGCCGAUGAUUCGACCGCUUCCCGUUCCGAUGUUUAUGGUCCUGCCAGUGGAACUCGAAACCAAAUUAUGUGUACUCAGGAACCCGUAAAUAGAGAAUAAAUCUGCAUCAAAGUAGCUUAGAAAUGUGGAACAUUCGAGCCAUGCGAGUAUCAUGAAAUGAGAACUUCCCGAAUAGCAAUCUUUAUGUAUUCGCAAAGAAUUGAAAAUCGAGGUAAUGUUUGCU